UGGCUUAUAUAAUAGAGAUUUGGGGACUUGGGUACCUCCCUUGUAAAUUUUGCGAUUAACGAAAAUUCCCAAACAAUCCAAUUAGAAGCGAAACCCUAACUUCCCGCGGAAACCCUUUUUGAUGUUCAUCUGAGUUCUGGUCAACAAAAAUGGGCGGUCAUGGAGGUCUGAACAUUCUCCCACAGAAGAAGUGGAAUGUAUACAACUUUGACAACCGCGAGAAAGUUCGAAAAGACGAGGAAGAUGCGGCCAGAGAAGAACAGCUCAAGCGCGACCAAUCUCGCAAGCGCGACUCCGAAUUGAGACUCAACAUUUUGAAGAACAAGAAUAAGACGACUUCGGAAGCAUCUAUUUCGGUUGUUGAAUCAAAAUCAAUAGUUAAAUCCAAAUCGGUAGCAUCUCAUUAUGUCGUUGAAUCAAAAUCAGCAGUUGAACCGAAAUUGGAAGCAUCAGAAUCCGUAAUUGAAUCGAAAUUGGAGUCGGAAUCGAGGCAUAUUAACUUGUUUGACGGGAUAAAAAUAUUUGAUCCAGUAGAGGUGGUAGGGAAGAAGAAAGAAGAAGACGAAGACGAAGGGAAAAAGAGGAAGAAGAAGAAGGAGGAAGUGAGGGUGGUGGGGCCUGAGGAUGAGGUGUAUAGGCUUGGUUAUGGUGUGGCUGGGAAAGGGGUGAAGGCUCCCUGGUAUACAAUGAGACCUGGAAAGGAGGUGGACGAAGAGAGAGAUCAGAAGAAAAGGAAGGGAAAUGUAGACAGUGGUGAGAAGACGAAGAUGAAGAAGACGACGCCUAAGACAGUGGAGGAGCUUAGGGAAGAGAGAUUGAAGAGAGAGAAGGCUGAGAAGGAGAGAGAGCGAGCUUUGUUAUCGCGCAAUAGAGGCAGUCAUGGGCACUAUCCAAUUCCAAGGGACCGAUAUAGGAGGUAAUGGUGAUAAAUAUCCUGGAUUUCCUCAUAGUGGCUUGCUUUCAAGCACUUGCUUCUGAGACAGGAUCUGGAGUCAACUUUAUCUUAUGGAUACUCUGGGGAUACCAAAUUUGAUUUUCAGAAAAUCUGGCAAUGUUGUUUUUUAAUCCUAUGUAUUUGGUUUUCUGCUGGAUAAUUGAGCUGUUCUCUACUUGCUUCCUGCAUAAGCUCACACAGUCCACUUGACCUGACACCAAACUGCUGAUCAGAUGAGAUUAAUUGCUUGAAUUACUGAGAUCUAUCUGCCUCCUCACCUGAUAUAAAGUGAAUGCUUACACAUGUUGGCGUUGUUUUGGUGAUGUAUAUAUUUUUCGAGUUGUAAAGACAUGGAUCACCCAUUAAUCCAUUAUACUAUGGUCUCUUGUGAUUUA